GUCCUGCAGAGUUUAGUUCAUCUUCCCCUUUGAUCUUUCUUUCCUUGUUUCACGUACGGACCAUUAUAUUAUGGCACGCAGUAGUAAUUGGUUGCGCCGCCUGUGUAAGAAAGGAGUGAAAACGGAGGCUGAACAAUUACUAGAGGCAGUCAAGCCUCUCAAACUUGUUAAUAAUGACACAUCCGUAUUUACACCCACUGCUGUGAUCUCCUUAUUUCUGUUUGUUAAGCAAUACAUCCGUUAUAUUAGGUUGUUCUUGAGCAUUUCAGACCCCAUAGUGAUGAAGGAGACUGCGCUUGCCGCUGCUCGAGCUGGCGUAUUUGAUCCCUCCAAGCUGUCUGUGGCUGGUGGCCAAUCCAAGUUAGGCCCAGCAGAUAUACUUAAGGUUUUAGAAUGGAUGAAAUCAGCUGAAGGAGAUAGCUGCAUGCGCUUCAUCUACAGGAGGUGGAAGCUAGAAAAGAAUAGGGGCGGAGGGAGUGUUAAUUACAGGUGCAGAAGCUAGAGACGAUGGUCGAAUCUUUGCGUACUCUCGACACAACUCCAUGAGUAUAAAGCUGAGAUAAAAGAGAUUGACCGUGAGCUUCUGAAAGAAAAGAAUGCCUUCAUAAAGAGUGAGCCAAAGUAAUAAAAUCUGAAGGUUCCAUCAUCCCUUUUUAAUUAGUAUACCUAUUUGACAUAUCAAGAAGGAGCAGUCAUUUCAGUUCUUGCCUCCCUUGUUUAUUUCUGUGUAUCCCAGUGAAACCAACUUUUUGAAUCCUGUCGAUUUUACAGGACAUGCUUUAUUAUUUUUGGGGGGAUAAUCUUUUU